AUGGUCGUCAAAAUCCGUCUCGCCCGCUUCGGGCGUCCACACCAGCCCCUCUACAACAUUGUCGUCACCCAAGCCAGGACGGCGCGUGGCUCAAAACCUAUGGAGGUGCUUGGCACCUACGAUCCGAUCCCCAAGCCGGAUUCAUAUGACAGCUCUGGCAAGCUGCACAAGGACAUCAGACUUGAUAUCACAAGAACAAAAUACUGGGUUGGUGUUGGAGCACAACCCACAGAUGUCGUGUGGAAGUUGUUGACAAUGCUGGGGAUACUAGAACCGAAACAAGCAGCGAAGCCCAAGUAUACGCCACCUCCCAGCUACAAGCUGUCGUCGACUGGAGAGAGGAUUUCGUGA